AUGAAGUCUCUGGUGUUGUUGGGUUUAGCCACCCUACUGGUCUUGAGUUCAGCGGCCGAGCAGAAGCAGCAAGCGGCGGCCGAAGAAGCGAAACCAGCCGAGCAGGGUGACAAGCGUCACGACAAGCGUGGUCUCUUCGAGCAUGACUUUGGCGGCCACGACUUCGGCGGACAUCAGUUCGAGUCGUACGGACACGGACACGCCUACGAUUUCCAUCCGCACCACGAGAAGACGCUGACCAUCGUGAAGAAGGUCCCCGUCCCGUACCCAGUGGAGAAGCACAUCCCGGUGGCGGUGGAGAAGCACGUCCCAGUUCCGGUCAAGGUUGGCGUCCCGAAACCCUACCCGGUCUACAAGACGGUCCACUACCCGGUCAAGGAGAUCGUGAAGGUGCCCGUGCACGUCCCGGCCCCGUACCCCGUGGAAAAGAAGGUCCAUGUCCCAGUCCAUGUGCCGUACGAUCGUCCCGUCCCGGUUAAGGUGUACGUCCCGGCUCCCUACCCAGUUGAGAAGAAGGUCCACGUCCCGGUGAAGGUCCAUGUCCCCGCUCCGUACCCGGUGGAGAAGAAGGUCCCGUACCCGGUGAAGGUCCCGGUGCACGUUGAGAAGCCGUACCCGGUCGAGAAGAUCGUCCACUACCCAGUCCAUGUCCCAGUCGAUCGCCCGGUCCCGGUCCAUGUGGAGAAACCAGUCCCAGUGCCAGUGGAGAAGCCAGUGCCGUAUGAGGUCAUCAAGAAGGUCCCAUACCCAGUCCAUGUCCCGUACGAUCGUCCCGUUCCGGUGCACGUUGAGAAGCCAGUGCCAGUGCCGGUGAAGGUCCCAGUCCCACAGCCCUACCCCGUGUACAAGCACAUCCCGGUCCCGGUCGAGAAGCACGUCCCGUACCCAGUGAAGGUUCCGGUUGACCGUCCGAUUCCGUACACCAUCGAGAAGCACGUGCCUUAUGAGGUCGAGAAGCCAGUGCCGUACCCAGUCAAGGUCCCGGUCCACGUUCCGGUGCACCACCAUCACGAGGAGGAGUACCACCACGAGCAUGUCGAGCAUGACCUGCACCACCAUCACCACUAG